UAUUAUAAAAUAAUACAACAGUGCAAGUUUCAUCAUUGCAUAGCGCAUGCUAGCAUAGAUAGUAGAUGCUAGGCCUAGCCUGCUUUAUAAGUUAGAGAGUCACACUUAAGUCUAGAUCUACCUCUAAGAAUGACGAAUAUCCUCAGAAAUUUUCUCAGCAGAAGUUCCCUGCUACUACCCAGUCUACAGCUGCCUACAAUGAGAGCAAUGUCAGUAUUAUCGAGCAGCAGUAUGGUCAGGCCCUCUCAUUGUAUAGAGGAACGUUCAACUAUUCUGCUUAGAUCAUUUAGUAGCAGUUUGCCCAGCCUAUCCAAGAAAACUGUACCGAUCAUCUUUACUGACAGAGACGGGGACGUACACACAGUCCAAGCUAAAAUAGGAGACACCCUUCUGGAAGUAGCCAAAGAAUUUGAUAUAGACGUGGAGGGUGCUUGUGAAGGCACCCUGUCCUGCUCCACUUGUCACCUCAUCUUGGACCCUGAGUGGUUUGACAAAAUCUUGGACCCACUGACGGAGGAAGAGCAAGACAUGUUGGACCUUGCCUACCAUCCUACCGACACGUCUAGGCUGGGCUGUCAGAUUCUGGUGGGCAAAGACUUGGAAGGCCUCAAAGUGACUGUACCUAGUGCCACUAGGGAUAUCAGAAACUGAUUUUAUAGUGAAUUAUUAUAUUUUAUUAGCAGUGUUUGUUUAGCACAUUAAAUUUUCUACCGCAAAAUGAGACAUCAGUUAAUUUUUA